AAAACCUGCGAAGAGGGAUAUAAAUAUGUUGAAAAGGAAGGAGAAUGCUGCGGCCAGUGUGUACCAAAACAAUGCACAAUGAAGAAAGAGAAGCGUGACAAAAAGAAGGAAGCUGAAGGAAAGGAAUCUGAGGAAGGAAUCCAAGGAGAAAAAGGACAGGAGGAACCAAAAGGAAUAGAAGAACAGAAAGGAGAAGAAGGACAGAAAGUAAAAGAAGGAGGGGAAGGAAAGGGAGGACAAGAAGGACAGAAAGGAAAAGAAGGGCAAGAAGGAAAAGAGGGAGAAGAAGGAAAGGAAGGACAGAAAGAAAAAGAAGGAGAGAAAGGAAAGGAAGGACAAGAAGGACAGAAAGGAAAAGAAGGGCAAGAAGGAAAAGAUGGAGAAGAAGGAAAGGAAGGACAGAAAGAAAAAGAAGGAGAGAAAGAAAAGGGAGGACAAGAAGGACAGAAAGGAAAAGAAGUGCAAGAAGGAAAAGAGGGAGAAGAAGGAAAGGAAGGACAGAAAGGAAAAGAAGGAGAGAAAGGAAAGGAAGGACAAGAAGGAGAAGAAGGACAGAAAGGAAAAGAAGAAAAAGGAGAAGAAGGACAGAAAGGAAAAGAAGAAAAAGGAGAUGAAGGACAGAAAGGAAAGGAAGGACAGAAAGCUAAAGAAGGACAAGGAGAAGAAGGACAGGAAGGAAAACAAGCAGAAGAAGGACAAAAGGGAGAAGAUAAG